AUGAAGUCGACCGUCAGCCUUCUGUUAGCAACCGCAGGACUUGCCUACGCUCAGCUCGAUAUUCCCGCCUUACUAGCUCAAGCGGUUCCAGCAUUGCCGACCGAUCCUCGUUUCAGAGACUAUAGGCCCCCUGGGAAGAACGACGUCCGCUCUCCAUGCCCAGGACUCAACAGCUUAGCGAAUCAUGGCUUCCUCAAUCGCAACGGCAAGAACAUCACUGUUCCACAAUUGAUCGUUGGGGGAGCACAGGGUAUCAACAUUGGCCCUGACUUCAUGGCCGUCGUUGGUGCUGCUGGGCUUCUCUCUUCUCCAAACCCAGCCGGAGGGUCGUUUGAUCUGAACAACUUGGACAGGCACAACUUUCCAAUUGAACACGAUGUCAGCAUCUCUCGCCAGGAUCAUUACUUCGGCAACUGGUACGAUUUCAACCAACGCGUUUGGACUGGCACGCUGUCGUACUUCAAGGGCUUGACAAGAACCACUACUCCAACCGCGUCUAAAGCCAGAUAUGCCCGAGUCCAGUACUGCGAGACUAACAACCCUGAGUGCACGUACGGCCCACGACAGUUCCUUUUCAGCUCUGGAGAAACCGGUCUCUACGUCCAAAUCCUCAGCAGCCCCCUGGUCAACAGUGCCCCGAUCAGCUAUGUUCGAAGCCUCUUCGAGAAACAAAAGCUGCCAUUUGAUCUAGGCUGGAGACCUUCGGCUGUUCCCAUCACUUUCGCCACUCUCGGAGAGUACGUUGUCGAACUAUUUGCUGUCAACCCUGAUAGGGCUGCCGAAGGAAUAGAUGUCGUGCAAGACUCGUAUGCUGCCACCUUCGUCGACCUUGUGGGUGGAGCGUCCGCUUUGAGGAAUCUUACGAAUGGCAUCUCUGAUUAUCUGGACAUUCCUGGUCUUUAA